AAAUAGCCAAAAACAGAAACAUGAAGAGGAGAAAUCUGCGCCUAUUAGAGCUCUCAUUCUCUUUCUCUUUCACUUUCUCUCUCUUAAUUCUCUCUCUUCUCUCUCUCCUUACUUCAAACAACAAAAACCCAACCAGAGCAGACCCAGAGCCAGAGGUAGAGAGAGAAGGGCACAAGGGGAGAAGUGACCUUCUUUCCUUUCUUCCUAGAUCACCUCUUUGCUAUUGUACGUUUUCUUCUUCUUCUUCUUCUCUCUCUAAAUCAGUCAAUUUGUUUCUUUCUCUCUCUUACGUUUUUCAAUUUUCCUUUUUACUUAAAUUAUGGUCAACUUUUUUGUAUGUAUAUGUAUGUGGGGUGAAAAGGCUUCGUCAGUUCUUCUAUUUAUAAACUUCCACGCUCUUCCUCUUAAAGUCUCCCUUCUCCAACAUUCUUCUGGUUCAUUAAGAGAGAAAGAUAAAAAAAAAAAAAAUUGUUUUUUCGGGGAGUAUUUUCAUCUGGUUCAUUUCUUCAAGAACAUAUCAAGGCAGAGGCUUUUUCAUGAUUUCUUGCUGAGGCUUAAUAUUUGAUUCAAAUAUUUGAAAGCCAGCACAGUACAAAUUUCCCAAAUGCUAAAUUUAGGCAGGACCAGAACUCAACCAAGGUCUGGUAGAUCCUUGUCUCUUGGAGGCAUGGAUUAUGCAGAUCCAAAGAAGAAGAACAAUGUUGUAGGAAAGAUUCUUUUGAUUGCCACUGUUGCAGCAUUAUGUUUUGUCAUGCUGAAGCAAUCCCCAUCCUUUAAUACCCCUACUGUGUUUUCUCGUCAUGAAGAAGGUGUAACUCAUGUCCUAGUAACAGGUGGUGCGGGCUUUAUUGGCUCACAUGCUACAUUGAGACUUCUUAAGGAUAAAUACCGUGUAACUAUUGUGGAUAAUCUUUCACGGGGAAACCUGGGUGCUGUUAAGGUUCUCCAAGACUUAUUUCCUGAACCUGGGAGGCUUCAGUUUAUUUAUGCUGACUUGGGGGAUGCGAAAGCUGUAAAUAAAAUAUUUUCAGAGAAUGCAUUUGAUGCUGUAAUGCAUUUUGCUGCCGUAGCUUAUGUUGGGGAAAGCACCCUUGAUCCCCUCAAAUAUUAUCACAACAUUACAUCAAAUACCUUGAUAGUUCUCGAAACAAUGGCCGCACAUGGUGUAAAGACAUUGAUAUACUCCAGUACAUGUGCAACAUAUGGCGAACCGGAGAAGAUGCCAAUCACUGAAGAAACUAAGCAGUUUCCAAUUAAUCCAUAUGGAAAAGCUAAGAAGAUGGCUGAAGAUAUGAUCCUGGAUUUCUCUAAAAAUUCAGACAUGGCAGUCAUGAUUUUGAGAUACUUCAAUGUGAUUGGUUCAGAUCCUGAGGGUAGAUUAGGAGAGGCUCCCAGACCUGAACUGCGUGAGCAUGGACGUAUCUCUGGUGCUUGUUUUGAUGCAGCUCGUGGUAUCAUUCCUGGGCUUAAGGUGAAAGGGACAGACUAUAGCACCCCUGAUGGAACUUGUGUGCGUGAUUACAUUGAUGUCACGGACCUGGUUGAUGCUCAUGUGAAAGCUCUUGAGAAGGCCAAGCCUAGUAAAGUUGGAAUCUACAAUGUUGGCACAGGAAAAGGUAGAUCAGUGAAGGAAUUUGUGGAAGCAUGUAAGAAGGCAACUGGGGUGAAUAUCAAAGUCGAUUUUCUUGACCGCCGCCCUGGUGACUAUGCUGAAGUGUACAGCGACCCAUCUAAGAUUAAAAACGAGCUCAACUGGACAGCAAAACACACUGAUCUUCAUGAGAGUUUGAAGACAGCAUGGAGAUGGCAGAAGUCUCAUCGCAACGGUUAUGGAGUUCCGUUGUUGACUUCUUCUUGAAAAUUGUAAGGAGAUAAUUCAUAUUAGGUUGAUCAACACAGAGAUGAUGGACUCUAGAUUUUCACAAGCUGCUGACUUGAGGCACCAUAUUCUUUAGUUGGGAUAGAAAGGAGAAGAGAGGAGAGGAGAGAGGGGGUUGGAAUUAGAUUAAAGAUUUACAUUUUUCCUCAUUUUUAUAUAAAGUUAUUUUAUUAUGUACUAGUUGUAGAGAUCAACAGCUGCCCAUAUGGUCUUAAAAAAAGAAAGAAAAAAAAAAGGAGCCAGCUCAUUUGUUACAUGUAUGUGAACAGACCUAAUAGUUCAAUAAUGAUCAUCAGCUGCAGCUAGUUAUACCUUUUUCA